ACAGCUCACUUGGUGGGAGUCGCUCAAGAGAGCAAGAUGUUCUCGUGUUGCUUCCCCACUUCGAGAGGUUGCUGCUUCAGGAACGGAGGGAGUGAGAGCCUUUUCCGACGAUGCCGAAGAAGGCUCAUCCCUCACCCCAGACGCCUGUCGCCCGUUGUAAUAAGGCGCAUCCAGCUCCUGGUCCAUGUGCAGAAGUAAGAGCACUGCCAGCACCAGCGGCGGAGCCAGAGCCAGCAUGGGAAGAGGCCCCUCCAGAGAGAGUGCUGGAGCUGGAGGGAGCUCCAGCCAAGGACCAGACCAACGAGGAGCUGCCUGAAAUCACGGAGGUGCCGGAGAGCAUUAAAAGAAGGCUGGGAAGAAGAGUUCCAGCAGCUACUCCUGCUCCCAGAGGCAACCUCCUCCUCCAGGCAUGGAUGCGGGUCCACAGCUGGGCAUCCAGGCUGUUUGCCCCUAAUGUGCUGCCCGGGACAGGCCCUUAACAGGCGGGCAGUGGGUGAGGGGACCAGGAGGUGGCUCCAAAGGGUAAAGCAAACAAAGCUUUUAAAGACAGCCGUUGUGCCCCAGGCUCUCCAUGCCGCCACCUGCCCUACCAUUUAUUAAUAGUGUUAGAAUUACAAGUUGAUGAAACGAGAUUACAAUAAAGUUUGAUUUCUGAAACUUCA